CCCGGGCGGCCAUGGCCAUUCCCGGCAUCCCCUAUGAGCGACGGCUUCUCAUCAUGGCGGACCCUAGAGAUAAGGCGCUUCAGGACUACCGCAAGAAGCUGCUGGAGCACAAGGAGAUCGACGGCCGUCUUAAGGAGCUAAGGGAACAAUUAAAAGAACUUACCAAGCAGUAUGAAAAGUCUGAAAAUGAUCUGAAGGCCCUACAAAGCGUCGGGCAGAUUGUGGGUGAAGUGCUUAAGCAAUUAACCGAAGAAAAAUUCAUUGUUAAAGCUACAAAUGGACCAAGAUACGUUGUGGGCUGUCGUAGACAGCUUGACAAAAGUAAGCUGAAGCCAGGAACAAGAGUUGCUUUGGAUAUGACCACACUAACUAUCAUGAGAUAUUUGCCAAGAGAAGUGGAUCCACUGGUUUACAACAUGUCUCAUGAGGACCCGGGGAAUGUUUCUUACUCUGAGAUCGGAGGGCUAUCAGAACAGAUCCGGGAAUUAAGAGAGGUAAUAGAAUUACCUCUUACAAACCCAGAAUUAUUCCAGCGUGUAGGAAUAAUACCUCCAAAAGGCUGUUUGUUAUAUGGACCUCCAGGGACAGGAAAAACGCUUUUGGCGAGAGCCGUUGCUAGUCAGCUGGAUUGUAACUUCUUGAAGGUUGUAUCUAGUUCUAUUGUAGACAAAUACAUUGGUGAAAGUGCUCGUUUGAUCAGAGAAAUGUUUAAUUAUGCCAGAGACCAUCAGCCAUGCAUUAUUUUUAUGGAUGAAAUAGAUGCUAUUGGUGGUCGUCGGUUUUCUGAGGGUACGUCAGCUGACAGAGAGAUUCAGAGAACUUUAAUGGAGUUGCUGAAUCAAAUGGAUGGGUUUGAUACUCUGCAUAGAGUUAAAAUGAUCAUGGCUACAAACAGACCAGAUACACUGGAUCCUGCUUUGCUACGUCCAGGAAGAUUAGACAGAAAAAUACAUAUUGAUUUACCAAAUGAACAAGCAAGGUUAGAUAUAUUGAAAAUCCACGCAGGUCCCAUUACAAAACAUGGUGAAAUAGAUUAUGAAGCAAUCGUGAAGCUUUCAGAUGGCUUUAAUGGAGCAGACCUGAGAAAUGUUUGCACUGAAGCAGGUAUGUUUGCAAUUCGAGCUGAUCAUGAUUUUGUAGUACAGGAAGACUUCAUGAAAGCAGUCAGAAAAGUGGCUGAUUCUAAGAAGCUAGAGUCUAAACUGGACUACAAACCUGUGUAAUUUACUGUAAGGUUUUUGAUGGCUGCAUGACAGACAUUGGCUUAAUGUAAAAAUAAAGUUAAGGAAAAUAAUGUGUGUAUUGGCAACGAUCUCAUUAAAAGUAUGAAUAAAAUAUGUAUGAGUAGCAUAAAUUAGUAGAUAAUUCAGUGACUCCACUUUUAAGAUUGGUACAGGAGAAAUCUAUGUUGUUAAUGCUGCGUUUAUUGCAGCAGAAAUUACAAAAGAAGAAUGUGUUGAAGCUUUUCAUAUUUGCUGUGUGAACAUUUUGUAAAAUGUUGAAAAUGGUCUGGGAGUAGUACAAGAGAGCAUUUCUUAUGACUUAUUUUAUAUCAUUUGUUUUCCUCAUCCUAAAAGUUGAAUAAAAUAUGUUUGAUUCAGUUCCCCUAAAUAUAUUCUUAUCUUUUUCUAAGGAGGACAUUUGCUAUGGUCCUUGAAGUUCAUUAGUAAAUAAAGUAUUUAUUUGAUCACUCAGAUGAAGUUGUAUUUAGGUAGGUUUUUGAAUUUUACUGUAAAAUAUUCCCCACACUUGGUGUUCAUAAGAUCAUCUGUUAUAUAUAACAUAGAUGUGUGAGUGUGUCUCUAUAUAUUCCUCCUCCCAGAAAGUGGCUGCCUAUUCUUCACGGACUUUGAUUAGGCUAUUUGAUAGUUAACUGAAAAAGUACCUGCAUAUACAUAACUUUCUAAAAAUUAUGAUUAAAGGUAAUAUUUGCUAAUAAAUAUGACUUGGCAUUCUUG